UUGGCGCCCGUCCACGGGAUCGUGCCCUGCCCGGGGAGGCCCUACCCUGGCGAGGAACCGACAAGGUACUGGGCACCUGCGGAGCACCGAGAGAGAGGAGCUGGCGGCUGCAACUCCUCCGGGUCCUGAGCCAUUCAAGUCGCGUUUCCUCAGGUUGCUGCCAUGGCCUGCCUCACUGUCACCCCGAAAAGCUCACUAGCCGACUCACCCGUGUGGAUUCGCGCCUCUGGCCUGGACCCUUCCCAGCUGGUAACUCUGCAUGCAUUGCUUACAGAUGACAUGGGAGAGAAGUUUCAAUCCAGAGCCUACUUCCGGGCAAAUCUGUCUGGGGAGGUGGACGUGAAGCAGGCAGCUGCUCUAGGCGGGGACUAUGUAGGUGUUUGGCCCAUGGGCCUCUUCUCCUCCCUGAAGCCAGAGAAAAAGUUCCGCAGGCUGAUGAAACGCAACGUGACAGGCAGCCCUUUCCGCGUCCAGGUCAACCUCUUUGGCUAUAGGGUAUUAAUUCCUUCACCCGAUGAGGUACCACUGGCCACUUGCACUGUGGAGAGAUGGUACGCGGCCCAUGGAGUGGAACGUGUCCAGGUCAAAGAAGGCAAAGUUCGGGGCGCCCUUUUCUUGCCACCAGGGCCUGGGCCAUUUCCGGGGGUGAUUGACCUAUUUGGUGGGUCUGGAGGUCUCAUUGAGUUUCGAGCUGUCCUGCUGGCCAAUAAAGGCUUUGCUGUUCUAGCUCUGGCUUUCUUUGGAUAUGAUGACCUCCCAGAGAGACUGGAGGAAGUGGACCUGGAAUAUUUUGAGGAAGCAUCCAUACUACUCUUAAAACAUCCCAAGGUCAGAGGUCCGGGACUUGGAGUCGUUGGGCUUUCCAAAGGAUCGGAAAUAGCACUGGCCAUGAUUACCUUCUUAGACCAGAUCGUGGCUGCUGUGUGCAUCAACGGUGCCACAGGUAUGAGAGACGCACCACUUCGCUUUCGUGACGUCUAUAUCCCUGCCAUUCCUUAUUCUGCUGAGAAGGUUCGCAUCACUGAAAUGGGGACAAUGUCCUCUUACCACGUCAUGGAAAGUCCUUUGGAUGAAAGACAUCACGCCUCUGCCAUCCCUCUAGAGAAGGCCCAAGGGCCCGUGCUCUUUGUGGUGGCAGAAAGUGACCAAAGCCUAAACAGCAAGUUAUUUGCUGAGGCGGCCAUAGCCAGAGCAAAGCAGCAUGGGAAAAGGAACUGUGCUUUGCUCUCGUAUCCGGGGGCUGGGCACCUCCUAGAACCCCCUGGUUCCCCGCUUUGCUACUGUUCUUCUUUCCGGGGUACUCCCUUGCCUAACCAAUGGGGUGGUGAAGUGGAGCUGCACGCCAAAGCCCAAGAGCACUCCUGGAAGGAGAUCCAGAAAUUCCUCGAGCUUCAUCUUGGCCCGGUUGGAAAGAGCAAUUUCUAAUAGCGGAAGGAAGGAAAACCAGCUCAGGUGACAUAUUCUAGUUCUCCAGACUUGAUCCAAUGAAUCAGCCCACACACGGAAGACCAUCGGAGUGAGAAUAUCCCUGUGUGACAUGGUAUUUCAAGAGCACUCGUCAGAAAGACGACAUGCGUGGUCAGAAGCCUGUGACUGUGUUAGGCCUCAGCGAACUGCAUUCAGUCCUUCAGCCUGUCUCAUGCUUCUUUGGGGGGUUAUUGAGGCCACUUUGCUACACUUGCUCAUCUGUCAAAUGGGGACAAUAAUUUUUUCCGCUGUUCUGUGUGAUCUUCUAAGCACUUGGGCGAAAGGGACAUUUCAAGCUCUGCAAAGCUAGCACAUUAGAAAUAAAAUAAACCACAACUACAAAACACAAAAGGUGAUUGACAAGAUCAAGGUGACAGGAAAAGGCACCAGAUU